CAAGAAAAUAUAUACUACAUUGCACGUAGCAAUUAAUGAUCUCUAGAGAGGGCAUAUAUGCAAAAAAAGAUCAUCACUAUUUGCAGAUGGAGACAUGUCAUUGCUCCUUAUGAGGCCAUUUUUGUGGCCGGUGCGUCCCCUGGUCCAAAGACAACGCUCCUCCUUUCCUUUAGUCCUUCCAAAACCGGCCAUGACCAAUGCAAACACACUGUCACUGACUGACCAUGCACAAAUCAAAUCAUUAUUCACAACAGCUAAUCUCCAUCACUCUCCCUACAUGCCAUAGUACUACUUUAUAUAACCCCAUGUCAUGUCCUUUGGGUGAGCAUCUCAAAUCAGAUCAUCUCAAGUUCCCAAACCCUAGCUAUCUCUGCUGGUCUCCCCCAAGCUCUCCUUUAUAUAACACAAACUACAUCAUCUCCUUUCUCUUGUGUGCAACAUCACAAACACAACCUUUCACUCCCAUCUUGGCUUUCUUUCCUGUCUCUAGCUUAGCUACCUGUUGCUUCCAAGCUGAGAAAAACCAAGCAAAAGAAGCUGUUUGUGUGCCUUUCCAAGGUAUAGAUUUGCAUGCAUAUACACUUUAUCCUGUCCAGUUAGAAACUUAUAUAAGGACUUAGUGAAAAAAAAAAUGCAUCCUAAUGGCGCGCCGCUGGCCGUGCCACCGGGUUUCCGGUUCCAUCCGACGGACGAGGAAUUGCUCUACUACUACCUGAGGAAGAAGGUUGCUUAUGAGGCCAUAGAUCUCGACGUCAUCAGGGAGAUUGACCUCAACAAGCUUGAGCCUUGGGAUCUCAAAGAUCGAUGCAGGAUUGGGACGGGGGCGCAGGAGGAGUGGUACUUCUUCAGCCACAAGGACAAGAAGUACCCGACGGGGACGAGGACCAACCGCGCCACGGUGGCCGGCUUCUGGAAGGCCACCGGCCGUGACAAGGCCAUCUUCCUCGGCAGCGGCGGCGGCACGAGGAUUGGCCUGAGGAAGACGCUGGUGUUCUACACCGGAAGGGCCCCGCACGGCAAGAAGACCGACUGGAUCAUGCACGAGUACCGCCUCGACGACGACAAUGUCGACGUCCCGGAGGAAGGAUGGGUGGUGUGUAGGGUAUUCAAGAAGAAGAGCAUCCAUCAGAGGGGCUUCGACCAGCCGGACAUGGCGGCGGCGGCCGACGAGGACGAGCUCCGGUACCAGCUGCUCCACGGCGCGGGCAUGUCGUCGUCGCCGGUCGACCAGAAGCACGUGCUCCUCCAAGAGCAGCUCGUCGCGCACGGCGCCCAUGGCGGCGGCUUCGUCGUCCCGGCGUUCGAAGCCUCCAUGCACCUCCCGCAGCUCGCCAGCGCCGACGCGGCGCCGUGCGGCGGCGGCGGCGGCGGCCAUGUCGCGUUCGCCUCCAUGAACCCGCUCGACGCCGCCGGCUGCGGCUCGCAGAACAUGAUGACGAUGAAGAUGGCAGCGACAUCCGGUGGCGAGAUGCUGCUGAUGAGCGGCGGCGGCGUCGACGGCGGCCGCUUCGGCGCCGCCGCCGACUGGUCGAUCCUUGACAAGCUCCUGGCGUCGCACCAGAACCUCGACCAGCUCUUCCAUGGCAAGGUCGCCGGAGCGCAUCAGCAGCAGCAGCAGAUGGCCAUGGACGCCGCCUCGUCGUUGCAGAGGUUGCCGUUCCACCAUUACCUCGGGUUGGAAGCUGCAGAUCUUCUCAAGUUUUCUAUGUAGAAAUUUUUUAGCUAUAUGUAAUGUAGUAUCUGCUUCUUGAUUAAUUAAGCAGGCGAAUUCUUGUUUUUUUUUCUCUUCUAGUUUUGUCAAAUUAUUAGUACUAGUUUCAGUUUGAUAAGGUUAAUAUCGGAGUUCUGCUAGCUACUGGCCUACUGUUCUAUAAGCAUGUGUAUACAGACAGUCUGAAUGCCGUAUGAACUUCUUUCUAAAUGUUUCAAUUCAAGUUUGUUCAUCUCGAAU